AUGUUAUCGUCGUCUGUAUUGUCACCUCAGUUAUUAAUCAAUUACGGAUGGCAAGCUCGUGUGGUACUUGAAUUUUAUCGUAGUGAUUGUUUUAGUCCUGGUUAUUGUUUGAAUACAUCCGUGCCCUUAGGUGCUUAUGAUCCUGUUCGAGGGUAUCUUAAUACUUAUUUUAAGGGAUUGAUGGGCCGUUGUAUUAGUCCGCGUAAUACGGAUCCUGAGGGUUAUUGUAAGACCGUUGAAAUUCCUACCAAGUAUCAUCGGGAUAAGAAGCGUUUACCACAGGAAAAGGCAGACUUGUUGACGAACUAUAAUGAUGAUGAAACGGAUGGUUAUUGUCCACUACAAGGAAAUACCUAUGCGGUUCAUAAAAUAGAUGCUGAAUUGAGUUUAGAUGGUAAUGAGGAAGCUAGUGAUGAUGAUGAUGGAUUAUCCUCAGUAGAUGCUAAUAAAGGAUGGAAUUGGGGUAAGGAUGGUGGUAGUGGUGUUGGUAUAGUAGACGAGCCAGAUGAUGAUGGGUUUAAGGAGAAGAAAAAGUGA